UGGACAUGCAGAGGCUGGCACUCGCUCUCAGGGAGGUCGACACGCGCUGCAGGGACCACAACAAGGUAAUAUGGUGCCUUGUGGCUGCGGCUGUGUGCCUUCAAGUCAUUUCCGACUUAGGGUGACCCUAUCAUGAGGAUUUUGACAACAUUUGUUCACAAGAGGUUUGCAUUGCCUUCCCCUGAGGCUGAGAGAGUAUGACUUGCCCAAGGUGGGUUUCAUGGCCAAACAAGAAAUCGAAGCCUGAUCUCAAGAGCCAUAGGAGUCACCAAGAAGCAUUAAAAGAAAUUGAUGAAGUAUAUGAAAAGUACAAGAGUGAAGAUGAUCCUGCUCAGAAAAAGCGUUUGCAACAGCAUCUUCAGAGAGCCCUUAUCAACAACCAAGAGCUUGGGGAUGAGAAGAUCCAAAUUGUUACUCAAAUGCUUGAGUUAGUGGAGAACAGAGCCCGGCAAAUAGAGUCCCACUCCCAGUGUUUCCAAGAGUUGUCAGAUACUGAAAAACCCAUUGAAAAGUCAAAAGUAGAUCCAUGCCAGCCGGAAAGAUCUUCACGAAGGCCCCGUAGACAGCGUACAAGUGAAAGCCGUGAUAUUUGCCAUAUAGCAAAUGGAAUGGAUGAGUAUGAUGACCAACCACCUAAAGAAAAGAGGUCUAAAUCUGCUAAGAAAAAGAAACGCUCUAAAGCUAAACAAGAAAGGGAGGCUUCACCAGUAGACUUCGCAGUAGACCCUAAUGAGCCAACUUACUGUCUUUGUGACCAAGUGUCUUAUGGAGAAAUGAUAGGGUGUGACAGUGAACUGUGUCCCAUUGAGUGGUUUCAUUUUUCAUGUGUUGGACUCACUUACAAACCAAAGGGGAAAUGGUAUUGCCCCAAGUGCAGAGGAGACAAUGAGAAGACUAUGGAAAAAUGUACAGACAAAUCCAAAAAAGAUAGACGAUCGAGGUAGUCAAUGUUCUAAAUGCACUGAGAGCUGUGUCAUUUUUAUUAAAAAAAACUGUUUAAUAAGCAA